CAUUGCCAACAAUUAUCCUAGGCCUUUCAAUUUUUGACCUAAGUGUGUUGUUUGUAUCAAUUGAUCAUCUUCCUCUUACCACAGGUAACACUUAACACAUACCAUGCACAAUUACACACACCUUUGUUCUAAGGUCUAACUAACUCUAACCAUUUCGACUUUCAAGCUAGAUUGAGGUCUGAGGAUAGUGAUCUUUGUCUUCGCCAACAACAUCGUCCACUUAAAAAUAAAAAAGCCCUGAAAUAUCUGAACUUAAAAGCCACACUUUUAUUUGUUGUGUGUGAGGUUUGAUUUGAUGGGAAAAUAUCUUGAAUCUGCGGCGAGGUUGGAAGAGCUAUCGCGGAUUGUGUCAUCUGCUGCGAAGCCCAAUAGGUCAAAGGGAACGCUACCCAGAUCGCCCAACCGUGUUGCCACUCCUCGAAUUGCGAACCCAAUUGGUGUUAAGGUCGAACCUGCGAAAAAGAUGGAACCUUUGGAAUGUCGGACACCCCUCGCCAAGGUUGUCGCAGAUUGCUCCAAGCGCUGGUUCCAGGACACCCUCAAGGAGGCCAAGGCUGGGGACUCUGCCAUGCAGGUUUUGGUUGGCCAAAUGUAUUACUCUGGAUAUGGUGUUCCAAGGGAUCCUCAAAAGGGGCAUGUUUGGAUUAGUAAAGCAUCAAGAAAUCGAAAUUCAGUUUGGAAAGUGUGCGGUAAACGGCCAGGAUACAGAGCAAGCGAUUCUGAUUCAUGAAUUGGAGAACUAAGAUGAAUCUUUUCCUUAAUUUGCAAGUAUAACUCGUGUUUCUUCAAAGAGAUUGAAUUUCAAUUUCAAUUCUAGAGUAUAGUAUAUGUGAACUUAUUGUAACAUCCAAAGCAUAAGUCAAAUUUUGUUAACUGACAAUUGUUCAACAAUGAUGUCUCUAUUUUUGAAUUAGUUGUUAUUGUGUUGUUCAUUGUUCAGGAAGAUGUUAUGAUAUAAUAACUUAAAACAUCAACUGUGUGCCUUAUUGUAUGAUUUAUUUAUUAUGCCUAGGUAA